AUGGUCAAAAAUACAACUCUUGGAGUAAAUUCCGCUAAACAAAUUGUUGGUGAAGCUACACAAAAUUUAAAUGAUGCUGUAUUAGCUCAACUACCGAAAUCAAACACAUUAAAACGAAAGUUAAGGCGAGUAAAAGAACGUGCUACAUGGCAACCACCUUGUCCAAUCAGUAUAAUAGAUUUAAUAAUACCGAACCAGUAUAAAUGUCUAUCUGAUGGAUCUCAAUAUUUCUACUCCAUGAUUCUGGUGUACAUGAUGACGAACGAUUUAUAA